CUGGCUUGGCUGACAUUACUGUAACUUACAGUUCUCUGUGCCUGCAGGACAAGGGCAUCAUAACAUCACCACACAAAUGUCAUGGUUCAGUGGGGCCUUGAACUCCAAUUAUUGCACAAUGCUGCUUUUCCAUUACAAAAUGGUGGUGACUCCUGAAAAAGCACAUUUUCCUCUCCCAGAAUGAAUGAAGCCAAAGCCAUGGUUGCAGAGAACUCCAGGAAGAGAUUUCACCAGGAAGCAACAUGCCCCAUCUGCCACAGUUACUUCACAGGCCCCGUGAUGCUCGAAUGUGGGCACAACUUCUGUGAAACCUGCAUCAGUCAAUGCUGGCAGGAGCCUCAUGCACCGACCCAGUGCCCACAGUGCCAAGGGCCUGUGGAGAAACGCUUCAAGCCCAACCGGUGCCUCACGAACUUGGUUGAAAUCCUGAAUGACUGGGAUAAGGACGGCGAGGCACACAGCAGGGCCUCCAAAUGCCAGCAGCACCAGCGUCCCUUGUCACUCUUCUGCAAAGAGGAUCAAGCCCUAUUCUGUGAGGAGUGUGAGGGCUCCCAGGAGCACCUAGGUCACAACAUGGCCCCCAUGGAGGAAGCUGCCCAGGAGUACAAGAAUCAGAUGAGAAAAUACCUGGAGAUUUUAAAGAAAGCAAAAGUAUGCAUUCUGGAUUAUAGAAGUAGCACAGAAAUUCAAGGAGUAAACAUGAUUAAAAGGACAAGAGACGAGAGGGAAACUUUUGCUUCUUCCUUCUGUCGACUGCGCCACUAUCUGGAAGAGCAAGAGAAGCUUCUGCUGACCCAGAUUGAUGAAGUGCUAACGGAGAUUACACAGAGAAGGGAUAAGCAUCUGGUCAGAAUAUCCAAGGAGCUGUUCUCUCUUGAAAGGCUCAUCUGGGAGAUAGAGGAGAAGUGCCAGCAGCCAGCAAGUGAGCUCCUGCGGGACAUUCAAAGUACAUUGGUAAAGUAUGAGGAAAGACAGAAGUUUGAGACUCCAGAGGUUUUUUCUCCUGAGCUGAAAUUAAAGUCCUGGGAAUUCGUUGAUCUCAACUAUUCUAUUCUAGCAGUUCUGAAGCCGUUCACAGUUCAACUAGAAGCUGGACUUCAUUUGCAGAAAGUAAAUCUAACUCUUAUUCUGGGUUCUGUCAAUUCCGCCCUUACUGUGUCUGAGGAUCGGAAAAGCGUGAAAGAAACAGGAAAACCUCAAGACCUGCCUGCAAACCAAGAUAAAUUAGACCUCAGAUCUAUAGUGUUUGGACGCACAAAACUAACAACAGGAAGACAUUUUUGGGACGUCAGUUUGGAAAAUUCAGAAUAUUGGGCUGUGGGGGUUGUCAAAGAAUCUGCAAUCAGAGACGUUCCAGAGUUUCUUAUGAGAAAGGAUUUUUUGAAAGCUGAUUCUAAGAAAGGCAUCUGGGCUCUACAGUGCUCCACUGGGUGCUGCUUGACUUGCCCAGACCCUCAUUUAUGUCUGAAGGAUCUUAAGCGAGUCCGAGUGCUUCUGAAUUUCACAGAGCAGCGAGUAGGCUUUUUAAGUAUUGAUCAUGGUCACCCAAUUUGGACUUCCAGAGAGGUUUCCUUGCCAGGUGAGCCUGUUAUCCCCUUCUUUUGGCUGGGGCCAGGGGCCUGUCUGACUCUCUUGUAGUGUGGAAAACUAGUAGUAUAUCUUUCUCACACUGGCUUCUGGCUACCAAAAUAUUGCACAGGGAUAAAGGUUUUCUGUUCCAACUUUUGACCACAGCUCCCAGAAUCCCCUAGCAGCAUGGCAGGAGUUUUUGUUCUGAUUUCAGAGCUCUUUCCACUCACAUAAGCUCCACAGGCCAGUUUUCUCUCUCUUAAGAAUGAGUGCAAAAGCUUUCCCAUGGUACAUCUGCACUGCAGAAGUAAUUCAGUGUUGACAACACUUUAGAUGCCGGGUCUCCAUCCUACAGAAUCUUAGAGUUUGUAGUUUUGUCAGGCAGUCUGCAGUUUUUGGUAGAGAAGGCUAAAGACUUUGCAAAAUAUGCCAACAAAUGGCCCCAUGUGGAUUGUUUAUGGUACUAUUUUAAG